UCAGACACACAGAGUCUAGUCCAUCUCACCAACGUGCUCGCCGAGUGUCUCAAAGACAAAGAGUGCACAGGAGAGGUGUGCCGUCGUCUGACGGACUCGGGCGGUACGGAGGUGGUGGUGGCCUCCCUCCGUUCGCUGGGCCCGGCCAGCCAACAGUACCAGACCGUCACCGCGCUCUACACUAUACUCUACAAGAUCGGGAAAAAGGACCCACGGUUUGCGGUCCGUCUCCGUCUGUGCGGCGGUCUGAAGGUGCUGCUCCGCCGGCUCCAGGAUAACGCCCAAAAGUGCCGCAUCUGCGUCCCGGCACUGCAGUGCGUCAAACUGGCCGCCGGAAACGACCAGAACGUCUCUGUCUUGGGCCGCGGUGAAGCGGUAGAACACCUCUGUCGCCUGGUGCCCCACCUCUGGAACAUGUCCGGACUCAAACAGCAGCUGACGCUAGAGUGCACGGCGCGACUCAUCAGAAAUAGAAUGAACCGUCGGCGACUGCUGAAGGAGAACGUGAUCCCGCGCCUGCUGCCGCUGCUGCAGCCGCGCCACAAGCUGGAGAAGAAGACGCAGUACAACGUGCAGAAAGCCGUGCUGAACAUCGUCUUCGCUCUCGCCGACCUAAAGCCGGGCCGGGAGGCGCUGAUGGAGGCCCGCGUCUGCGAGGCGAUGCAGUCGUUCCUCCGUUCGUGUUCACCGGCGGAGCGGCACGACCGGCUGUUCUGUCGCGCAGCCAACACCGUGCUGCGCUGCGUGGCCAAGUGGAGUCUGCCCGUGGCGCGACUGGAGAGUCCGGUCAGCUUCACGGCUCCGGCGGCGGCGCGCGCCACAGCAGACGGCAAGGGAGACGCCGACGGCGGGUCGGACGACGAGUCGGGAUCAGAGACGGAGACGGAGACGGAGACGGAGACGGAGACGGAGCAGCCGGCGGCGCUGGUGCGCGCCCACCCGGCCUGCCUGCCGGAGCCGGUGCGCGCGCCGGCCGCCGAGCUGCUCCGCUGCGCGCCGCUGUUCGCCGAGCUGGCCGAGCCGGCGGCGCCGCGCAGCCCGCCGCGCGCGCCGCCCCCCUCGGAGGCCUCUCCGGCGCUCUCCCCGGCCGAGAAGGGCGCCGGCUGCCAGUGCCUGCCGCGCUGCCUGACCCGGCUGUGUCGGCAGCGGGCCGGGGUGCGGCCCUGCGCCGCCCCGCCGCCGACAGCGCUGGGGGCCGCCGAGGGCCGGCUGACCCCCGGCCGGCUUCAGGAGGCCUGGCAGCGCCUCUCGGAGCGCGGCGGCCAGGGCGACUCCCGCAGACAGUACACCGAGGUGUACAGGCGUCUGGCGCAGAAGACGCGGCACGUGGCGCCGUUCGUGAAGCUGGCCUACCCGGAUAUGGUGGGCGCCGCCAGCUCGGGGGAGAGCGAGCCGCUCGGGACCUGUGACCGCAUGGUGUGCAGACGAAAGGUGCAGAGUCUGGUGGACGACGCGCUGGGCCAGCGCAGUCUGGACACCAAGGUGGUCUACGACUACGACUUCCUCGUGUCCACGUUCUCCCGGGAGGACAAUAGCAUCAGGGUUCUGGACAACCACGACGAAAAGACGGUGUCAUCGACCCUGAUCGAGAUCAACCAGGAGUCCAGCCUGCGCUUCGAGUCCCGCUUCGAGUCCGGAAACCUGCGUAGGAGCAUACGGACGGGUCCCCACGAGUACGACCUGAUCCUGUGUCCGGACGUCAGCUCCAGUCGACACCAGCAGUGGUUCUACUUUGAGGUGUCCAACAUGCGCGCCGACCUGACCUACACAUUCAACGUCAUCAACAACGAGAAGCUGCGCUGCGAGUACCAGACAGGGAUGCGCCCGGUGUUGUUCUCUGUGAAGGAGUCUCUGCGCGGCCGACCGCACUGGACCAGGGUCGGGAUGGACGUCUUCUACUACCGGAACGCUUACCGCAGACAGGCGCGACACCCGGGGAGUCGAAAACAGCAGGGAAAGCACAACCGUGUGUACUGCACGGCCUCGUUCUGCGUCAAGUUCCCGCACGACGCCGACGUCUGCUACAUGGCCUUCCACUACCCGUACACCUACACCAGGAUGAGGACGGUGCUGGAGCUGCUGGGGAGCUGCGCCGUGUCACCGGACAUCUGGUGGGGUACUGAGACCCUGGCGGCGGACCUGGACGGGAACACGGCGUCCCUGGUCACCGUCACCGGCCACGGACCCCAGCACAAGAAGGAGAUGGUGUUCCUCACUGCCCGGAUCCACCCGGGGGAGAGCGGCGCCUCGUGGUCGCUGGAGGGCACGCUGCGCUUCCUGCUCAGUGACGCGCCAGAGGCGGCCGCGCUCCGCGACCGGUUCAUCUUCAAACUGGUGCCCAUGCUGAACGUGGCCGGAGUCGUCAACGGAUGUCACCGGUGCGGUCUGACGGACGAGGACCUGAACCGGCGCUGGAAGACGCCCGACCCCCACCUGCACCCGGUCAUAUACCGGACCAAGGCGAUGCUGGAGUACUCGACGUUCGUGCUGAAACGGCCCGCCUACCUGUUCUGCGACUACCACGGACACUCGUGCCGUAAGAACAUCUUCCUGUACGGCUGCAGCACCCGGCGCUCCUGGCUGGCCACCGACCGUGAGACGGCUGACAACGAGCCGCUGGUCAGCUGUCUGCCGCAGGCGCUGUACCGUGUGGCGCCGGCGUUCAGUCUGCGGUGCUGCCAUCUGUCGGUGGAGCGCUCCCGCGAGACCACGGCCCGGGUGGUGGUCUGGAGGGAGCUGGGCGUGCAGCGCAGCUACACACUGGAGAGCAGCUACUGCGGCUGCGAUCAGGGACCCUACCAGGGCUCCCACCUGUCCACCCAGCAGCUGGAGGAGACGGGCGCCCGACUGGCCGUGGCGCUCCACCUGAUCUCCGUGCCCGGCGACCUGGCCAGCCUGGAGCGCGCGCGCGCCGCCUACUGGUGGCGGCCGCAGGAUGAGUUUGAGCGAGAGUUCGCGCUCAGCUCCGCCACAAACUCAGACAUGACCGAGUCCGAUGACGACACGGAUGACGUCACCUCCAGCACCGUGACGUCACUGCGCUGAUGAAGCGACGACGUCACUGCAGCAGUAGAGCCCGCCGUCUGAUGGGGUCUUUACGACGGAGGAUUGGGGGGGGGGGGAGGGUAAUCGGAGUUCUGGCAGUUUGUUUUGAUGUGUACAGACACUGCUUGGGGGCAGCGUCACAGAGCUCAGGAGACGAAUCUACGCGGGUCUACCAAUAACUAACUGCACAGAGAUUCAGGAGCUGCUCUGCGCCAAAUUUUAUCAUGUAACGGCAUUGCUAUAUAGUGUUUUUGGCAUCGUAGAUUUGACGAUCCGGUGUCGGUGACACUGCUCUCCGUCUCUCCUGUUUUAACAGCCAUAACCCAGAGCUUCCUAUCCGUCCUGGGUCCUCUGAGGCCCCUGUGUGUGACAUAAUGGCCCUCUGAUGGUCCUGUGUGCCACUAUGGGUCCUCUGAGGGCCCUGUGUGCCACUAUGGGUCCUCUUGAGGGUCCUGUGGGCCACUAUGGGCCUUCUGGGUUCCUGUGUUCCACUAUGAGUUCUCUGGGGGUCCUUUGUGCCGCAAUGUGUCUUCUGAGGGCCCUGUGUGACACUAUGGAUCCUCUGAGGGUCAUGUUUGUCACUAUGGGCCCUUCGAGGGUCCUGCGUGUGCCAUUGUGAGCCCCUUGGGUUUCUGUGUGCCACUAUUGGUCUUUUAUGGAUCCUGCGUGCCAUUAUGGGUCACAUGAGGGUACUGUGUGCCGCUAUGGGUCCUCUGAAGGGUCCUGUGCGUGCCAUUGUGGGCCCUCUGAGGGUCCUGUGUGCCACUUUGGGUCCUCUGAGGAUCCUGUGUCAUGAGGAUCCUGUGUACCACAAUGGGUCCUCUGAGGAUCUUGUGUGCCACUGUGGGUCACAUGAGGGUCCUGUCUGCCGCUAUGGGUCUUCUGAGGAUUCUGCGUGCCACUGUGGGCCCUCUGAGAGUCCUGUGUGUCACUAUGGGUCCUCUGUGUCAUGCAGGAGCGUGACACAGAGGACCCUCAGGGGAUUCUGCGUGUCACACGGGGGCCUCUUUGAGUAUUGUGUGCCACCACUGGGGGUCCUGUGUGCCACUAUGGGUCCUCUGGGUUUCCUGGGUGGCACUAAGGGUCCUCGGGGUUUCCUUUAUGUGCCAUUGUGGGUCUUCUGUAGGUCCUGUGUGCCACUAUGGGUCCUCUGAGGGUCUUUUGUGCCACUAUGGGUCCUCUGUGUUACCUAUGUGCGCCACCAUCUCAUUGUGUGCUACCAGUGUGACUGUGUGCUGUGCUGUGUGUGCCUGUGACACCAUUCGCCGAGCCAUGGAGUGACCGGUCACCGGGUCACGUGACCGGUCACCAGGUCACGGGGUCAUGGCCCCCUGCCAGCUCCGCAGGACGAACACCAAGUGCUUUCCCACGUAUAAUAUGCGAUCGGAGCAUUCCAAAACAUCUGUAAUAUCACAUCGGUAGCAAAUUAAUGCUCUCACCUUAGUGGGCGGGUUAGACUCAUGCGCCUUAGCACACGAAGCGGCAUCUGUAUGCAAGUGUUUAACAGUGUGGACUAUAAUUGUAUGUGUUGACAAAAUAUGAUGUUUAUGUUGGACUGUUAAUGAUAUAACUAUAUUUUCAGUGACGCAUGCUGGUCAUGCCAUGUAGAUAGUAACACUGCCAUUGAACCUAACUAUGCCUCGCACUGGACAGUUACUGGACUUGUAGUGUUAUUUGUUAUGACUAUCAGAGUUUAACACGUUGUCGGCCGUGCGUUACACAACUCUCAAUGAAUGAAUGGUAAAUCUCACUUUGGCGUAAUCAAUGUUCGCUAACCCUUGGAAGCACCCUAUAGUCGCCGUUCCCUACACACCGUCUCAAUCUGCUCCCCGCCGCGUCCACCCAGUCAGUCCCAUCCCGUCUGUGUAUCGCACCUCUCCCUAGGCAGGGUGUACCCCGGGUCCUGACGUGUUGUUGUGGCGGCGGGCCGCCUCAGUUGUUGCGUUUGUUGUGUUGUUACGCCCGGUCGGGCUGUGUUGGGUCCGUCCCGAUGUGUUGUGGAGAGUGGUGUGAACGCCCGCUCUCUAACAUUGCAUACGGUCAACUGAGGGAUGUCCAACGUCUCCCAGAGAUCAAUAUAAUUGACUUGCUGGCGGCAAGCUGUGAAACUUACAUGGCUGAAGAACAUG